AGGGCUGCGGGCGCGGAGACAACACCGGCCGGAACGAGGUCAAGCGCAGCUGGCCACCGCGUCACACCUGUCUGAGGGGGCGGCGGCGGGGCGGGGGCUCGCAGCGCCUUUGACACCCGAGGGAAAGAGGGAGGAGGGAGCGCGCGUUUCAUCAUCGGCGGCGGCGGCGGCCACUUAUAAAACUUCUGGGCGCGCACCCUCGCGCUCAGUCUCCUCCGGCCGCGCCGCGUGCCUCCUCCGGCCACCAACGCCGCACCCGCCACCCGCCGGCCGCCCGCCGCAGCCCAGGCGUCCCGGCCCCGCUCGCCCGGCCUCCCACCCCGGGCCCCGCGCUGCAGCCACCAUGGGGCUCCUACCCGAGCCCGGCGCGCGCCAGGGCAGCGGCGCCUCUGCGGGCCGAGCCGGCCGCUGUCCCCGCUCUAUCUUCAGCAACGUUAAGGUGUUCGUGCUGUGCCAUGGCCUGCUGCAGCUCUGCCAGCUCCUGUACAGCGCCUACUUCAAGAGCAGCCUCACCACCAUUGAGAAGCGCUUUGGCCUCUCCAGUUCUUCCUCAGGUCUCAUUUCCAGCUUGAAUGAGAUCAGCAACGCCAUCCUCAUCAUCUUUGUCAGCUACUUUGGCAGCCGGGUGCACCGUCCGCGGCUGAUCGGCAUGGGGGGUCUCCUCCUGGCUUCGGGUGCCUUUGUCCUCACCCUCCCACACUUCCUCUCAGAACCUUACCAAUACACCGUGACCAGCAUGGGGAACAGCAGCCACCUCCACACUGAGCUCUGUCAGAAACACUGGCAGGGCCUGCCCCCCAGCAAGUGCCACAGCAGCACCCAGGACUCCCGGAAGGAGACCAGCAGCAUGUGGGGUCUGAUGGUGGUGGCCCAGCUGCUGGCAGGCAUCGGCACGGUGCCCAUCCAGCCGUUCGGGAUCUCCUACGUGGACGACUUCUCGGAGCCCAACAACUCGCCCCUGUACAUCUCCAUCUUAUUUGCCAUCUCUGUAUUCGGACCGGCUUUCGGGUACCUGCUGGGCUCGGUCAUGCUGCAGAUCUUUGUGGACUACGGCAGGGUGGACACAGCUGCAGUUAACUUGAGCCCCGGAGAUCCCCGAUGGAUAGGAGCCUGGUGGCUGGGCCUGCUCAUUUCCUCAGCCUGCCUAGUUGUUACCUCUUUCCCCUUUUUUUUCUUUCCUCGAGCAAUGCCCAGAGGAAUGGAGAGGACGCCCACCAUAGCGGAUGAGGCAAGGAAGAUGGAAGAGGCCAAGUCAAGAAGCUCCCUGGUGGAUUUCAUUAAACGGUUCCCCCGCAUCUUCCUGAGGCUCCUGAUGAACCCGCUCUUCAUGCUGGUGGUCCUGGCCCAGUGCACCUUCUCCUCCGUCAUUGCCGGCCUCUCCACCUUCCUCAACAAGUUCCUGGAGAAGCAGUACGGCGCCUCCGCGGCCUACGCCAACUUCCUCAUCGGUGCUGUGAACCUCCCUGCUGCGGCCUUGGGGAUGCUAUUUGGAGGAAUCCUCAUGAAGCGUUUUGUUUUCUCUCUGCAAACCAUUCCCCGCGUGGCUGCCACCAUCAUCACCAUCUCCAUGAUCCUCUGUGCCCCUCUGUUCUUCAUGGGCUGCUCCACCCCAGUCGUGGCAGAGGUCAACCCCCGCAGCACAUCAAGUUCUAUACAUCCACAGCCUCCCGCCUGCCGCAGGGACUGCUCGUGCCCAGAUUCCGCCUUCCACCCGGUCUGUGGAGACGAUGGGGUUGAGUACCUCUCCCCUUGCCAUGCUGGCUGCAGUGAAAUCAACGUCAGCUCUAUAGUCUCCAAGCAACCGACCUACUUGAACUGCAGCUGCGUGAGAGGAGGAUCCGCUUCAGCAAAGACGGGCCCGUGCCCCAUCCCCUGCGCCCACUUCCUGCUCCCGGCCAUCUUCCUCAUCUCCUUUGUGGCGCUCAUAGCCUGCAUCUCCCACAACCCUCUCUACAUGAUGGUGCUGCGCGUGGUGAACCAGGAGGAAAAGUCAUUUGCCAUCGGAGUACAGUUCUUGCUGAUGCGUCUGCUGGCCUGGCUGCCAUCUCCAGCCCUCUACGGACUCACCAUCGACUACUCCUGCAUCCGCUGGGGCGCGCAGUGCUCUGGAAGGCGAGGGGCCUGCAUCUACUAUGACAACGAUGCUCUCCGAGACAGGUACCUGGGCCUGCAGGUGGGCUACAAGGCUCUGGGCAUGCUGCUGCUCCUCUACGUCAGCUGGCGGGUGAAGAAAAGCAAGGAGUACAACGUGCAGGAGAAGGCCGCCAGCCUCAUCUGACAGGCGACCUCGCCGCCGCCCUGCUCCCGAGAGCGGGCCCUGCCCCACACCUGCCCACAUUUACUAACGUUAACACGGCAUCUCCUUUUCGUUUCUUAAAUAAGAAAGAAAACCCCACCACCAUUUGCCUUCCCUGUCCCCUCCUCCCAGAGCACCCCAGGGUCCCUUGGGGCCGCUGUGCACCUGGGCGGGUGGGGGGCACAGAGCUGGAGGGCUGGGUCUUCCCUGGCCCCUUGGGAGGGGCCCCCAGAGGCCCAGGCUCAUCCUGCGCAGUAGGGAUGCUCACUGAGGCAGCUCUGCCCCCCCAGCCCCGUAGUGGGUGGUUUCCCAGGCGGAGAGACCUCUGGGUAUCUGCCCAGAGGAAGAAGGGAGGGCUGAGCUCUUACUGGCCAGAACCAGGCUAGGGGAGGGGGAGGCUGGCUGCAGCCCCCUCUGCGUCCGGGUUCAGCACCAGCACAGAACCCAGGAGGGGCCGCUCCCUUCCCCUCAGAUCCUCGCUUCCUGCCCCGAGAGGCCACUUUGGAAGCUGCCCCGUUGGGAAGUACGGCCAGCUGGUCCCCUCUCAGUUACCCACGCUCAGGCGCCAGAGCUGGGACUGACACCCAAGGAUGGGCCAUCCAAAUGCCGUUCACGUUAACUCUAGGCCCUUCCGUACACGGGUCUGUGCAUGUUUCUCUCUGUCUUUCUGGGGGUAUAUCUCGAACUAAGAAUGCCACGCUGUGGUGAAGACCCGCGGCCGGCUGUGGAUAGUCGUGAUGCCCAGGCCCCACUCCACGGUGUGAGGACAGGGCUUGUCAUCUCAGAGUGGCGGGAAGAACCCCUCCCCCACAAGCCUCCCCAGGCGCAGAGGAGGUGGCUUCACACGGGCUCCCUCGUCUGGACUUUAGCCUGUGUGUCGUGGAGUAAAGAGAGGCCGUCGGGGAUGUCCGCAAAACAGGUGAUGAAGCCUGGGGAAUGUCAAAAGCUGCCAGGCUGCUCGGCCACCUGUAGCCCACAAAGUAGAGGCCCGACAGGUUGACUGUCCUGGUCCUGAACACGCUCAUCAGCAUUUUCUCAGCCUCUUCUCACCGCCUCCAGAGGGGUGGGCACCUUCUCCGGACUUGGGCCGAGAGGCGCUGCUGCUGUGGGUGCAGGUUCAGAGUCAGAAGCCAGCAAGGGAGGCCUUUCAUCCACAAGUACUUUAUUUAUUGGAGACCGGCUUUGUGCAAGGCGGCGCUGGUGCAUGGUUCUCCCUGAGCUUCCCCGCCCUCCAUCUACACUAAGGCCUCCUCCCAGAGUGGGCUCACUGGGCAGGGCUGGGGCUGCACAAGCAAGAACCCGGAGAUUGUCAACAAGACCUUGACCGUCCACGCCCCAUCGGACUGAGCCCGCUCCUGGCCUUUACCAAACAGGGAGCUGACUCGCCAUGUCCUCUGGAGCAGCUGGACGUUGGUCGUGGCCACAUGCAGAUCUCUUGAGUGCCACUGCUCUUGGAAGACCCUUCCAGAAGCCACCUCCAGAAAGGCCUCAUAUGGUGGAAUGUCAACAGCCACACUGCCAUGGGACCGAAGUCUUUGUGAAAGCCACUGUCACAGACAGCCUGAUUCCAAAGCCACCAGCUCUAUUUCCACAGAUCUCACUCUGGAAGGGAGGCUCCAUGCAGCCUCAGGGGCCAGUUUUGGCCCUUAAAUCGUCCUGCUUGGAAAAUGAUUCCCUGCCACUAACCCUGGUCCUUCUCGCUGCCAUUUAACCAAAUUCUGAAGGCACUACCUUCAGCUGAGCUCAUGAAAAAUGAAUGCCAACCUUCAGAUUCUGGAACAUGGUUGCCCUCCCAAGCCUUUUUUCUAUUAUGAUAUUGCUAUUAAUAUAUUAUAAUUCUGCUGUUGAUAUAAUUUGGUCAUGAAUUUGUACUGUCAUGUG